AUGGAAGGUAGUUCUGCAUCUGUUACUUCCCAGGUGAGCAAGAGUAGCAAAAGGAAAUGGACAUUAGCUGAGGAUGCAGUCCUCGUCUCUUGCAUGAUUGACCUACGGAAUAUGGGCAUCCACAAUGCUGACACAGGGUUUAAGUCUGGCUACUUGCCAGAACUUGAGAAAAUGCUAUUGGAAAAGCUCCCGAAUUGUGGUAUCAAGGCGAGACCUCACAUUGAAUCUCGACUGAAGACACUAAAGAGGGAAUGGGCUAUCGUGUAUGAUAUGAUGCUUAAUACAAGUGGCUUUGGAUGGGACUCAACACGGAAGAUGGUUACAGCGGAAGACGAUGUCUGGGAGACUUAUGUAGCGGUAAUAAAGACAUAA